AUGGUGAACCACGACCUGGUGAAGCCUGUGCCGAGUGCGAUCUCGCAUACCUCUCAGACGACUGGAUCGCCGACGUCGACCAGCGGACAAGCUUCCGCGACUGCCACGAGUACAGACGCGACUACGUUCAACUACGGGACGGAUAUCAUACGAGGAGUCAACCUAGGAGGGUGGUUCGUGUUGGAGCCAUGGAUUACGCCGAGCAUAUUCGAGAACACGAAUAAUAGCAACAUUGUGGACGAGUACACGUUCGGUCAACUCCAAGACCACGACGAGGCUCUCAGUGUACUUCAAAAUCACUGGCAGACGUGGAUUACGGAGCACGACUUCGUUGCAAUCAAGGCGGCAGGACUGAACCAUGUCCGGCUACCCAUCGGGUACUGGUCCGUCCCCCUCACGUCCGCCGACACAGACUAUACGACCUCCGUCGCGCCCUACAUCACCGGUGCCUGGCCGUACAUCCUCAGCGCACUAAACUGGGCGAACACGUACGGAAUCCACGUCAUUCUCGAUUUGCACGGUGCCCCGGGCUCACAGAACGGGUACGACAAUUCCGGCCAGCGCGGCAACGCGAAUUGGCCGAACAACGCGACGAACAUCCCCCGCACGCUCGACGUCGUGCGAUUCCUCGCUGAUAAGGUUGGCGGUAUGGUGAAUGUGAUUGAGCUGCUGAACGAGCCGGCGGGAUAUGAUGGAGAUGUGGAUGCGGUCAUUGGGACGUACUGGAAGGGAGGCUAUUCCGUCGUGAGGAAUGCAACGGGAACGGAGAAUCAGGUCAUGAUUGGGGAUGCGUUCCUUGGUGUGGAUAGCUGGCAGGCUUUCUUGACGCCCCCGGAAGGCCAGGGGGUGAUUAUGGAUUACCACGAAUACCAGAUCUUUAAUUACGAUCAGCUAGAGUAUACCGAAGACGAGCAUAUCAAUUCGUCAUGUUCGCUCCUCAAUACCCUCCAAUCAUACGAGAACUCAAACCUGCACACAAUCAUCGGCGAAUGGUCGAACGCCAUCACGGACUGCGCCAAGUGGCUGAACGGACGAGGCGUAGGAGCGCGGUGGGACGGCACGUACGCAUCCGGCCAGGCCGCGCUGGGCAGCUGCGAUGGCUACACAGGGAACAUGACCACGUUCAGCGAGGAUUACAAGACGUUCUUAAGAAAAUACUGGGAGUCUCAGGUGGAGAUCGGAGAGAGCAUCUCUGGCUGGGUAUUUUGGACUUGGAAGGCCGAAGAUGCUGAUGAAUGGAGCUACCAACGUGGACUCGAGGGCGGCUGGAUUCCGCAGGAUCCCACGGAUAGGUUGUAUCCUGAUAUUUGCUCUUAG